CCCUCCCCAUGCAGCCUGCUGCUGCUGCUGCUGCUGUGUGCUCGGGAGGGACCGGCUGCAGCAGCACAGCCCGGCUCCAGGAGCACAGACACUCACAGGAGCAGUGUCACAGGAGCACGUUCCCCCAUGCUGUGCCCGGCUCCCCAGCUUAUUCUCAAGAGGAGUCUAUGCAAAAUUUCAUGCACUUGAAACACUUAGUGAAGCAGCUGAACCAGUCCGAAGCAGGUGAAAUGUAACCACUCCGGUUCACAGCGAGAGAUUAGGAGUCAAGAUGGUUUAUGGAGAAUUUUUUCAUAGAACUAGAAAUGAUGAGGAAGAGGUGAAACUGAACGUUGGUGGUUUCAAGCAGUCAGUAGCCCAGAGGACUCUCUUGAGGUUUCCUCACACCAGGCUUGGAAAACUGCUCAAUUGCCAUUCAGAAGAAGCCAUACUCGAACUCUGCGAUGACUACAAUGUUGCAGACAAGGAAUAUUACUUUGACAGGAACCCUUCCCUCUUUAGAUACAUCUUAAAUUUUUACUACACUGGAAAACUUCACGUCAUGGAAGAACUGUGUGUGUUUUCCUUUUGCCAAGAAAUAGAAUAUUGGGGUAUUAAUGAGCUCUUCAUUGAUUCUUGUUGUAGUAACAAAUACCAAGAAAAAAAAGAAACAAUAUCAGAGAAGGACUGGGAUCAGAAGAGUGAUGUCAUCAGUGUGGGUUCAUCUUCUGACCAGUCGUCUAUUUUCGAGAAAGAACUGGAGAUGUUUGAUACAUUAAAAUUUGGGGAAUUCCGAAGGAAAGUAUGGAUCAGACUUGAAAAUCCUGCAUUCUCUUUGUCAGCCAAGCUCUUCGCCAUAUCCUCUUUAAGUGUCGUCUUGACUUCCAUUGUAGCCAUGUGCAUCCACAGCAUGCCAGAGUUCCAAAAAUUCGAUGACAAUGACCGAGAACUGGAAGAUCCCGUCCUUGAAGUGGUGGAGAUAGUAUGCAUUGUUUGGUUCACCACAGAACUUGUAAUAAGACUUGCUGUAGCUCCUUCGCAGAAGAAAUUCUGGAAGAACCCCAUGAACAUGAUUGAUUUUGUAUCCAUCAUACCAUUUUAUGCCACUUUGGUUGUAGACACCAAGGACACCGAAAAUGAAGGCAUAGAGAACAUGGGAAAGGUUGUCCAAAUACUGCGACUGAUGAGGAUAUUCCGUAUCCUAAAGCUUGCUAGGCAUUCAGUAGGCUUGAGGUCUUUAGGGGCCACUUUAAGGCACAGCUACCAUGAAGUUGGGCUUUUACUUUUAUUUUUAUCUGUUGGGAUUUCAAUAUUUUCAGUACUUGUUUAUUACCUGGAAAAAGACGAUGAAUUAUCACUUCUUACCAACAUCCCGACCUGCUGGUGGUGGGCAACAAUCAGCAUGACUACCGUUGGCUACGGUGACACUCACCCGGUCACGUUAUAUGGAAAGCUUGUUGGGAGUGUUUGCAUUCUUUGUGGUAUACUAGUGGUUGCUCUUCCGAUAACAAUCAUUUUUAAUAAGUUUUCUAAGUACUACCAAAAGCAGAAAGCAAUAGAUGUGGAUGGGUGUAAUGAAGAUGACCAAAAAGAUAAAUUUAAUGACCUCCCGUAUUUUAACAUAAGAGAUAGAUAUGCAAGAAGGAUGAAUUCCUUCAUUUCAAGUCUUUCGUCGGUGGGAAUUAUUGCAAGCAAUGACUCAACAGAUGCCUCCAGCAUCCAAGAAAUGGAGGAUUCUUACAAUGCAACGUUCAAAUGACAAUUUCCCUUGCCAUGUUCUCCUAUGAUUUCUCAUCUGUAUUGCUACCUCCCUAUGCAAACCAUAACGUCUUAUGUUCUUUAUAGCACUUAAUUCUCAGGGUAUGACUUGUAGCCAUAUUUUUGCACAUUUAUUGCUACCGAAUGAAUAUUGUAGCUCGCAUUUUUCGUUUCUUUUUAACUGAAAUUCAUAAUUUGCCUCUUUUUUGUUUUAUUUUUUUACAUAUAUUUUUUGUACGGAAAAAGACUAAAAAAAUAUUUUAUUGAAUGCACAUAAAAUAGAUAUUUAUUUGAUUGCCAUGCCAAACCACUUACAAGGGGGUUGCAGGUUUCUCUCCUAAUGAUUAAAAAAAAAAAAGGACAAAAUGUUAGUUCAGUAAAAAAAAAAAAGUUGGAAGCUCCAUAUGUUUUAAACAAUAAUUACUGCUUUUGAGACUCAGCCGGGGAAAAAACUUGAAAAGGGAAAGCUCCGUUCAGCACUGGAGAGCGUGGCUGAUGAUUGGUCAAGAGAUUCUGGAUGGGCGCUGUCAAAAGCAGCAAGUGAAAUUAAAAUCAAAAGGGGGUGUACAGUAUAGCCCCUAUAAGAUUUGCAAUUGUUUAUUUUUCAUAAAUUGGUUAAAUACUGUAGCUUUUUUAUUUCUCUGCAUUUACUGAACCUUAGGUAAUAUUUUGUUGACUGCUACCAGACUCAGUCAUAUCUUGUUAUUCUUAGUUAGGGAGUUUGAUAAACUUAUUGGGAGACAUAUUGAUGAUUUACAGGUAUCUCCUUGGCAUGCACGGUAUGCAUUAUUGAACACUUGUGAAUGCAGGAAAGCAUGUAAGUCUGAUAUGAAACUACGGAAUCUAAUAAACUUCCUAUUUCAGUGGCAACAUUUUUUUUUAAAUGUUUUCAAUUAUUAAAUCAAAGAGAUUAACACAAAUAGAUCAAUUAUACAUGCAUGACUUCUACUUGACCUGUUGGCUUGACUGAUUAAGCCACAUGUUCAUCAGUUAUCGCUAGAGAGGUGCGGCUUCAGAUUUACUCGGAUCUCAAAACGGCAUCUUAUUGGCUCUUGGAAGUCACGUGUUUUGGAUAGCCAAUAAUAAAAAUCCAGAUUAAUUGUCGCUGUGCAAUGCUUUUGUACUGCGUCGGGACAGAGCCAGACAUGUGGGGUGGACUAGCCCUGUGCUGGGCUUCCCCCCGCAUGUCUGAGUAACUGAUCGUAGCCGUGCAAAAUUUUGCGCGGCUAUGAUCAAGUCUGAAUUAGGCCCAUGGUUUUGCCCAUUAGCUAACAAAUUUGCUGCUGCGAUCAAAUCUGAAUUACCUCCAAGGUCCAACCAUCAGGGCCAUUGAAGAUGGUGAAGAAAUCAAAUCCAUUUGUGGGAAGGAAAAGGCUGUGUGUCCUCUCGCAAAGGAAAAUACCCCUUUUGCCUCUAUAUUUAACAGUUCUGGGUAACAGGGUAUCAGCGUGGUGUCACACAUAAAUAAAUAGGAUGUUAGUAAUAACUCUUAUCUAUAUUACAAGGGUACAGUAUAACAUUGCUUGCUAUGUGCGCAGCUAUUCAUCUCCUCAAUGCCUAAUCUAAUACACCAUGAUUCAAUAGACUGUGACCAAUAUAGAAUUAGCAUUCCUUACUGAGUUUGUAAGGAUUUAGCAUCUACAAAUUUCCAUCACAUUCAUGAAAGAGCCACUAUUUUUCCCCAUCUACUGUAUGCAGAGCAAAUGAGAAAUGUCUACGAGUAUAUUCAUUUGUCAUUUAUUCCUAAUGAUAUAUUUUGCAAUUCCUCCUUUAUGCCCGCUUUUAUAUGUCUAUAAUGUGCUUUUUCUUUGCUUUUCAAGCUGUGAGUACAAAUUAAAACCUUUCUGACUUCUU